GGACCGUGACCGUGACGGGGACAGGGACAGGGACAGGGACAAGGCCAUGGCCGCCACCAAGGUGACAGCAGCGGCGACAGAGCUGGCGGCUGCCCGCGAGCACGGGCUGGCCGUGACCCGCGACUUCCACAGCAACCCACGGCUGACCUACAGGACGGUGUGCGGGGUCAACGGGCCGCUGGUGGUGCUGGACAAUGUCAAGUUCGCCCAGUACGCCGAGAUCGUGAACUUCACGCUGCCCAACGGCACCACCCGCAGCGGGCAGGUGCUGGAGGUGAUGGGCCCCAAGGCCAUCGUGCAGGUGUUUGAGGGCACAUCUGGCAUCGAUGCCAAGGCGACAACCUGCGAGUUCACCGGGGACAUCCUGCGCACGCCGGUGUCCGAGGACAUGCUGGGCCGGGUGUUCAAUGGCUCCGGGAAACCCAUCGACAGCGGCCCCGCCGUGAUGGCCGAGGACUUCCUGGACAUCAACGGCCAGCCCAUCAACCCCCACGGGCGCAUCUAUCCCGAGGAGAUGAUCCAGACUGGGAUCUCUCCCAUCGACGUCAUGAACAGCAUCGCCCGCGGGCAGAAAAUCCCCAUCUUCUCUGCGGCCGGGCUGCCCCACAACGAGAUCGCAGCACAGAUCUGCCGCCAGGCCGGGCUGGUGAAGAAAUCCAAGGACGUGGUGGAUUUCCACGAGGACAACUUCGCCAUCGUGUUCGCGGCCAUGGGGGUGAACAUGGAGACCGCGCGGUUCUUCAAGUCGGACUUUGAGCAGAACGGCUCCAUGGAGAACGUCUGCCUGUUCCUCAACCUGGCCAACGACCCCACGAUCGAGAGGAUCAUCACGCCCCGGCUGGCGCUGACCACGGCCGAGUUCCUGGCGUACCAGUGCGAGAAGCACGUGCUGGUCAUCCUGACCGACAUGAGCUCCUACGCGGAGGCGCUGCGGGAGGUGUCGGCAGCCCGGGAGGAGGUGCCGGGCCGGCGCGGCUUCCCCGGCUACAUGUACACGGACCUGGCCACCAUCUACGAGCGCGCCGGGCGCGUGGAGGGCAGGAACGGCUCCAUCACCCAGAUCCCCAUCCUCACCAUGCCCAACGACGACAUCACCCACCCCAUCCCCGACCUGACGGGUUUCAUCACCGAGGGCCAGAUCUACGUGGACCGGCAGCUCCACAACCGCCAGAUUUACCCCCCCAUCAACGUCCUGCCGUCGCUGUCCCGGCUGAUGAAAUCGGCCAUCGGAGAGGGGAUGACCAGGAAGGACCACGGGGACGUGUCCAACCAGCUGUACGCCUGCUACGCCAUCGGCAAGGACGUGCAGGCCAUGAAGGCCGUGGUGGGCGAGGAGGCGCUGUCCGCCGACGACCUGCUCUACCUGGAGUUCCUGCACAAGUUCGAGAAGCAGUUCAUCUCCCAGGGUCCCUACGAGAACCGGAGCGUUUUCGAGUCCCUGGACAUCGGCUGGCGGCUGCUGCGAAUCUUCCCCCGGCAGCUGCUCAAGCGCAUCCCCGAGAGCGUCCUGGCCGAGUUCUACCCCCGCGAGGCCAGGGCGCCCGAGCAGGGCACGGCCCUCUGACCCCACAGCCACGGCACUGCCUGUUCCUUAAACCCCUGUUUCCUUAAACCCCCAUUUCCUAAAAUCUGAUCCCUCUUUCCUAAAAUCUGAUCCCGCUUUCCUAAAAUCCCAUCCCCUUUUCCUAAAAUCUGAUCCCUCUUUCCUAAAAUCUGAUCCCUCUUUCCUAAAAUCCCAUCUCCCUUUUCCUAAAAUCCCAUCUCCCUUUUCCUAAAAUCCCAUCCCCUUUUCCUAAAAUCCUAUCCCCUUUUCCUAAAAUCCGAUCCCGCUUUCCUAAAAUCUGAUCCCGCUUUCCUAAAAUCUGAUCUCGCUUUCCUAAAAUCCCAUCCCCUUUUCCUAAAAUCCCAUCCCUCUUUCUUUAAAUCCCAUCCCCUUUUCCUAAAAUCUGAUCCCACUUUCCUAAAAUUCCAUCCCCUUUUCCUACAAUCCCAUCCCCUUUUCCUACAAUCCCAUCCCUCUUUCCUUAAAUCCCAUCCCCAUUUCCUAAAAUUGGCUUCUCCUUUCCUAAAAUCCCGUUCCCAUUUCCUUAAAUCCCAUUGUUUCCUAAAAUCCCGUCUCCCUUUCCUAAAAUCCCAUCUGCCUUUCCUACAAUCCCAUCCCCCUUUCCUAAAAUUGGCUCCUCCUUUCCUGAAAUUCCAUCCUCAUUUCCUAAAAUCCCAUCCCCCUUUCCUAAAAUUUGAUCCUCAUUUCCUAAAAUCCCAUCCCCCUUCCUAAAAUCUGAUCCUUCUUUCCUGAAGUCCCAUCCCCAUUUCCUAAAAUCCCAUCUCUGUUUCCUAAAAUUGGCUUCUCCCUUCCUAAAAUCCGAUCCCCAUUUCUUAAAAUCUCAUCCCCUUUUCCUAAAAUCUGAUCCCUCUUUCCUAAAAUCCCACCCAUUUCCUUAAAUCCCAUCCCCUUUUCUUAAAAUCCCAUCUCACUUUCCUAAAAUCCAAUCCCCCUUUCCUAAAAAUCAUUUCCUAAAAUCCAAUCCCCCUUUCCUAAAAUUGGAUCCCCAUUUCCUAAAAUCCCAUCCCCAUUUCCUAAAAUCCCAUCUCACUUCCCUAAAACUGGGAAAAAACUGGGAAAAAUCUAUUGUUUGUUUUGGGGUUUUUUUGGGGGUUUUUUGGGGAUUUUUUUUGGGGGUUUGUUUUUUUUUUGUUUGUUUUUUUUUUUUUGAUGAAUAAACCGCCAUGGUCACC